CAUCUCAUCGUAUUGGUUCACAUAUUCAAUGUUGGUAUUUCUUUCACAGUCGAAUUCUACCUUCGUCCCAACGGUCGGAUCAACUUGCGCCUCAACGACUUCACGUUUUAUAAGCACCUGAAGGCCAGGACCAACGCUCACCGCUGGAGCUGCACCGCCUACGGCUCCAAGUGGAAGUGCAAGGCCCACCUCGUCAUCACCGAUAAACUCGAAGUUCUCAAAGCUAAUGUCACCCACAGCCACCCUCCGAGCAAGAAGAAACCCACUUCUAAAAAAAGCGACGAAAUACGCAAACUAGAAUUCAUGAAACAAGUUGAACUGCAGAAGAUCGCCAAGCCUAAAAAGGAGAAGAAAGAGAAACAGCCUAGCAUUCGCGUAAAGAAUUUUGAUAACCCAGAAAUGCAACUUAACCCUAUGGAUAAUCCUGAAUAUGAUGAUCUUGGUUUCGGCGUCGAGCCACCGAUGUCAUCCUUGCAAGAUUAUUUGGUAGCUCACAGUGUUUUCGCUGAUUACUAGUUGAUAAGUUUUUCUGAGUAUAUUACUAUGAUAUUUUUACAUCACAAUAUGCUUAUUCCUAGUAGUAGAUUAGAUUAUAUGGCGAAUUCGGUUACCUAGUUGGUUGAAUGCAUCUUUAUCACUGCCAAGAAGAUUUUAGCUGCUGGUAACUCACUUAUAUCAACUCUAUUGGACGCUGUAUCCAAAUUUUAAUGUAAAAGUAAUAAUUAUUAAUGAUGCUUUCAGCCAAAUAUUUUAUCACUCAUCAAUGUAUACCAUUAGAAUUAGAAUAUCAUUAACCUCUAAAGAUAUCCUUUUAGUUUAGAUGAAGCUAAUUUUAUACCACUAUUAGACUCGCGUAUUCAAGCAAUUUAAACAUAUAUAGAAUGUGCCUUUGUCAAAAUAAAUUAAGUGUCUUUAAGCUGCGUAGCUAUAAACCGUAUUUAGAAGUUAAUUUUGUCUACCAGGAAAGUGUGAUAUUUUUUGCAUUUAUUGACAAGUCCAGUAUUAUGAUGUGAUUAGAAAUUAUGUGUUUUAAUCAAAUAUUACGUGUAGUUUUAGCGUGUAAGGUCUCUUUCGUGAUUAUUAUCACAGUAUCUCGGAUUUAAGAUCUCAUUUUAUUCUUGAAAUUUGUCUGAUUUGUUUCCUAUGAGACUGACGUUAGUAUUGUGAUUAGUUAGUGUUUUUUUCUUAUUAGUAUAAUGGUUUUACUCAACUACUUAUAAACAGUGUGGUGUUGCUUUUUUAAUUAUUAUUUUUGAUUUGCUCUUUUCCUUCGAUUACAUUUUUUAUCAAUCUUAA